AAGUUACGUAGAUUCGGAGUACGUGCCAAGGUGCCUGGUAUGUGUAGCAGCUUUGCUCCUCUGAAGUUUCGUGUUUUUCUCUUUAUUUAAUGUUUUCUGGUUCUGGUUCUGUUCAGAACCGGGUCGCUGCCUCAUUGCGCUCCGAGCUGACGAGUUAAAUCCGAGGAACGGCUUCAAUAAGCGGCUUUAGGGCUGCAACGAGCCCCGCUGCUAGCAGCUUUAGCUGGAGACACCGGGCUGGAUAGCGGCUAGACCCGGUGACCUUCACGGACUGACGGCUGCUCCUGGACCGACCAUGUCCCCUCAUUAACAGCAGCUCCAGAACCCUCGGCUCGGCUCGGCUCGGUUCGCCAUAAUCCGGCUUUCAGGUCCAAGUUCCCGCCCCGCUCGGAGGAAUGGCUCGCUGCCCGGUGGUGAACCUGCUGCGGUUCGGGAACAGGGUGGCCAGGAGCGGCUUCCUGCGGCCUUUGCACGCCGCGGCAGGUUGCUCCUCCACGGAACCAAGAACUGGGUUCAAACCGAACAGGGUUGCCGUGGUUACCAAAACCACCCGGUAUGAGUUCGAGCAGCAGCGGUACCGGUACGCGGGACUGUCUGAGGAGGACCUGAAGCAGCUGCUAGCCAUGAAGGGCUCCAGCUACAGCGGCCUGCUGGAGCGCCACAACAUCCACACCAGCAACGUGGAGCACAUCGUCCAGAGCCUGCAGAGCGCCGACAUGGAGGUGCGGGUGGUGAGGAGAGGGGAGUACGAUGACGAAGUGGUCCGGUGGGCCGACGCCAUCGUCUCUGCUGGAGGUGAUGGGACGAUGCUGCUGGUGGCCAGUAAAGUUCUGAAUAAGGACAAACCGGUUGUUGGGGUGAACACCGACCCAGACAGGUCAGAAGGUCACCUGUGUCUGCCGGUGCGCUACACCCACGCCUUCCCAGAGGCCCUGGAGCGGCUCUGCCGUGGUGAGUUCAGGUGGUUGUGGCGCCAGCGGCUCCGGCUUCACCUGGAGGGAACCGGGAUCAACCCGACCCCAGUGGACCUGCAUGAGCAGCAGCUGAGCCUGGAGCAGCACAACCGGGCCCACCGGAUCAGCACCGUGGAGCGGCAGCAGAGAGCGGGAGCGCUGCACCCGGCCUAUUCAAAGCCCAGCCUGCUGCCGGUGCGGAGCCUGAACGAGAUCUUCAUCGGGGAGUCUCUGUCCUCCAGGGCCCAGCUAAAAGUCUUCACUCCCCGUCUCUUCCUCCAUAGGGCGUCUUACUACGAGAUCUCUGUGGACGGCGGGCCCUGGGAGAAGCAGAAGAGCUCCGGGCUCAGCGUGUGCACCGGAACCGGGUCCAAGGCCUGGUCCUUUAACAUCAACAAACUGGCUGAACAGUCUGUGGAGGAGGUUCUAAGAAUCGGAAUGUCUCAGGCCGGAGUUGAUCUCCCGCUCAGCAGGGAGUUGGUAGGGAAAGUAACCGAUGACUACAACGCGUCCUUGGUGUUCGCCCCAGACGAGCCCCGCCUCUUCUACAGUGUCAGGGAGCCAAUCAGCAACCGCGUGUUCUCCAGCAGCCGGCAGAGAGGCUUCGCCAGCAGGGUGUGCGUCCGCUCGCGGUGCUGGGACGCCUGCAUGGUGGUGGAUGGCGGGACGUCCUUCGAGUUCAACGACGGCGCCAUCGCCACGGUAACCGUGAGCGAGGAGGACCGGCUCCGGACCGUCCUGCUGGACCAGUGAGGCGGGUCGGCGACCGCGGGCCUGUUGCCAUGGAGACGGGAUCAGGGUCUGACUCACUAAGCCCAUAAUGAAGUUCUGAUCCAGAGCAGAGUGGAGCUGCUGUACCAUGUGACCAGCUCUGCUCUGAUUGGACGUUUGGUUUGAGCCAAUCAGAGGACAAAGAUCUAAAACCCAUAAACACACUGGACCAGUUUACCCAGUAACUGACGCAGACAUCCCAUAAUAAACCUGUUUUAUCUGCACAGCAGCGCCACUGC